AUGCGUGCAUUUAUUCUGAUGUGCCUGUGGGCAGCCGUUUGUGGCGCCGACCAGUUGGGCUACAACUAUCAACCGGUCGCCCAAGCGGAUGAGGGCCUCUCUUUUGUUCCAGUCGCUGCUGCGCCUGCCACGCAGCAACAGCAUGGAGAGGCUGAGCUCUCGCUGCCCAUUGCGGCGCCAGCUGCUGCUCCGGUUCCGAAUGCCAUCAUUCCACAGGCGGCUCCUCUGGUCGAAGAGUUCCAGAAGGAGUUCUAUACCUAUGCCGCGCCCGAGGACCAGUUUGACGACGGCAUCAAUAAUCAGCAAAUCGCCGACUCGUUAAAAAAAAAUCUACGCAUUGUGUUCAUUCGCACGCCCGAGAAUCGCGGCUUCGAGCGCGCCGCCCUGCAGCUGGCCAAGCAAUCUGCCCAGCAGGAAACCGCAAUUUAUGUGCUCAGCAAACAGGCUGAUGUUGCCAAUCUGGCUAAGCAGCUCAACGCGCUUAAGUCGAGCUCCUCCAGCAAGCCCGAGGUGCACUUUGUCAAAUAUCGCACACCGCAAGAUGCGGCCAAUGCCCAACUGGCCAUCCAGAACCAGUACAAUCAAUUACCCGGUGCCUCACGCAUCUCCAACGAAGGCCGCGCUCCAGUUUUGAAUUUUGCCUCGCAGGCGCCGGCCGCCCCCGUGAGCGCAGCCCGCUUGCCCAGCUCUGAGUACCUGUCGGCCAAUGUGGCGUCUGGACAGGAUUAUCUGCCGCCCGCUCUGCGCCGCUUUCGCGUCAAGUGA